GGUUAAUCAUGGCAAACCAGAAAGGCGCUCUCGAGGGAUUCUACAGACUCAUCAUGCGCCGUAACUCCGUCUACGUCUCCUUCAUCAUCGCCGGCGCUUUCUUCGGCGAAAGGGCUGUGGAUUACGGUGUUCAUAAGCUCUGGGAAAGCAAGAAUGUUGGGAAACGGUAUGAAGACAUAUCUGUGUUGGGUCAAAGGCCAGUUGAAGAGUGAGAGUUCUCCUUUUUAAAUCUCUCCUUACUAAAAGAAAGAAAUGGAAUUUUCCAUUGUUGUUUUUUUCACUCAGAAGUCUCCAUCUUUUGUUCAAUAAAUCUUUGCUAUGAUUUUCCAUAUUUUCCACCUAAACCGCUAUUUGGUUCUGAUUAGCUGAUUUUUUGCAUUGUUGAAUAUGAUAACAUUCAUCAUACUU